AUGCAAAUAAACUCAUAGUAGACCAAAAACGAAAUUUCUGAAUCCCCUCCUCAUAAAUCCGAACAUUUACUUGAUGAAAUUUGUUAAAAAUUAAAUCAAAUUUGCACUACUUCUGUCUAAAUUUCAGGCAGAAUCAUAUAAGUUUAAAGAAUACCUUAUUUAGAAAGAAAAGAAAAAAUAAAAGAAGAAGUACUUAGAAUUCCAGAGACAAAAAUAAAAUUUCAAAGUAAUUUGAAACUGAAGAAUGCAUUUCCUAACUAAUUUAAAUAGAGUAACUUUUUUUAGAUCUUUCAAAUGUUAAAGAAUUAGUAUCAAUUUUAGAAUGA